AUGGAGCUCAGUCAACUUCCUCUUGUGCUCUGGAACAGCAUUGAGAGUUAUGACAAUGUUUACUCUAAACAGAAGUUAGAAACAGAUCAAGAAAGACCAAAAGCCAAAGUGAGCAUUAAACCUGCUCAACAUGUAUUCAGAGGAGACACAGUCACUCUCAGAUGUGACAUUGAUGGUGAAGGAGUCACUAGCUGGCAGUACAGCUGGUAUAAAGAUGAUUCAUCCUACAGUACCAGUGAACUACAGGAACACACAUUCAGGUCUGUUACGGAGUCUGAUGCAGGUAAAUACUUCUGUUAUGGAGCAGAGAGAGGAGGAUCACGCAGCUCACAAGACAGUGAUGCAGUUACACUGACAGUAUCAGACAGACCUCAGGCAGUUUUAAGUGUUUCUCCACAGAAGUGGUUGACUGAAGGAGAUCCAGUGACUCUGAUCUGUGAGGUUUACGGCUCCUCUACAGGCUGGACAUUCAGCUGGUACAAUCUAACUGCUUCAUCAGACAACAGAUAUCAUUUUCAGCGGCUCUCAGACAACAGUAGAGGAGCUGGAGGAAACUACACUGUCAGUUCUGCUGCUCUAAAUCACACAGGAGUUUAUGUGUGCAGAGCAGAGAGAGGCGAACCAGCCUAUAAAACAACAUUCAGCAACACACAGCCAGUAUGGGUCACUGCUCUAAUAGUCUUCUCAGGUGUUUCUCCUCGAGUCUCUCUGAUCAUCAGUCCCAGCAGAACUCAACACUUCCCAUCUGUCUCUCUCUCUCUGAGCUGUGAGGACCAGAGAAACUCUGAUAGAUGGAAUGUGAAAAGAUACACAGACAGGUGGGGGCUGCAAGAUUGUUCAUCAUCAGUGUGGGGAUCACAAACAGGAUCUACAUGUACAAUCAGCUCCACUAUCACAUCAGACACAGGAGUGUACUGGUGCCAGUCUGAAUCUGGAGAGAACUAUCAUCCUGUUAAUAUCACUGUACACUAUGGUGUGGUUCUGGAGAGUCCUGUUCAUCCUGUGACUGAAGGAGAUACUCUGACUCUACGCUGUUUAUAUCAAAAUUCAACCCCACCAAACCUCAGUCAGAGCAGCCUCAGGAUCUGA